CAGUUCACACACACACUGGUGUUCGGAACUUCGUUCAUACGGCGGCCAAUAUUCCCUCUUUCUCGGUCACAUUUCUUAACAAACUCCGCGGUUAUUGACGAUACAAUAUCCUGGAAUGCCAUGAGUUGGAGCCCUCUGAGUCAGGGCUCGUGUGGGAGGACCCUCUAAUUAUCAUCAGAAGCAAGGCACGAGAGAAUGCAUGUGUUGUGCAUGCAGUUGCGUGAGCACGAGAACAGUGAGAAACAAGCUUCUCCCGAAUUGCCUCUUAUCGUAAAUGGCGACACCAAUAUCAGACUCAAUCCGAUUAUCUACUUCGCGAAGUAUGACGAUCAAUCCGUUCCUAGGAACAUCAUCAUAUACAAAAAGCCAGGAUGCAGAUUUUUGGUAGGUCAGGACAAAUGGGAAGGUUUGGUUUUCCCAGCAAGGCUUCUGGUCCCCGAAUAUUCUCCGAACGCUGGAGGGGGGGGGGGUGCGACUUAUCUUCGUGAAGCUCCGAAGAAGAACAGAAGGGAAUUCGGUAGCAAAAGAACUGCCAGAAGGGGUUGGUUGCGGACGAAAGGAACAAAAAUACCCCAAGACAAGCCAGAAUCGUUAUAUUGGGAUUCGUCCGCAUACAGCGUGGUCUGUCGAAUGCCAGAACCGACACACAGUGGGGAUUAAUGCAACCACCGGUCGCCCUUCCGAUCACUCCGUCCGGACAAAUAGAAUAGCUAGUAACGUACUUGCAACCUCUGGUAGUUUUGAUUAACAGAGGAUAGUGCUUGCCUUGCCUUUCCCAGCCUUUCCCAGCGGUCAAGUCCGUGAGGAGACUGAUGUUGGCCCAUUCAGGUCAGUUGAAUGUGCAGAGCAAAUUCAGAGUGAGUGAA